CCGGCCCCUGCGCCGGCGCGACGGGGCGGAGCGGAGCUGGAGCGGCGGCUGUGAGGGGGCCGGUCGCGCUGCUGCUGCCGGGGCUUCCGGGAGCGCGGCGGCAUGGAGCCAUCGCCGGUGGGGGAGGAAGAGGAGGGGGGCAGCCGCUUCCGCGCCAGCGAACACCAGCACGCUCGCUACAACCCGCUGCGGGACGACUGGGUGCUGGUGUCGGCGCACCGCGUGAAGCGCCCCUGGCAGGGGCAGCUGGAGAAGCCACCCCCCGAGGACGUGCCUCGCUGGGACCCCAGCAACCCCCUCUGCCCCGGGGCCACCCGGGCCAACGGCGAGGUGAACCCCCAGUACGAGGGCACCUUCGUCUUCCCAAAUGACUUCCCUGCACUGCAGCCUGAUGCUCCCGAGCCUGAUGAAAGUGAUCACCCAUUGUUUCGAGCAGCCACAGCCCGGGGUGUGUGCAAGGUGAUGUGCUUCCACCCCUGGUCAGACCUGACGCUACCCCUCAUGUCACUGGCAGAGAUCCGGGCCGUCAUCGAUGCGUGGGCAGAGCUGGCGGCCGAACUGGGUGCCUCCUACCCCUGGGUGCAGAUCUUCGAGAACAAGGGAGUGAUGAUGGGCUGCUCCAACCCACACCCCCACUGCCAGGUGUGGGCCAGCAGCUUCCUCCCAAACGAGGCGCGCCUGGAGGACCGGACCCAGCAGCAGCACCUGAGCCAGCAUGGUGUGCCCAUGCUGCUGGAGUAUGCCAAGCAGGAGGCUCACCGGAAGGAACGGCUGGUUGUGGAGAACGAGGACUGGUUGGUUGUGGUGCCGUACUGGGCCACCUGGCCCUACCAGACCCUGCUGCUGCCCCGCCGCCAUGUCUGUCGUCUCCAGGACCUCCAUGAGGGCGAGAGGGACAGCCUAGCCUCCAUCAUGCAGAGGCUGCUCAUCAAGUACGACAACCUCUUUGAAGUCUCCUUCCCCUACUCCAUGGGCUGGCAUGGAGCCCCUACGGGCCCCUACCUGGAGGAGGACUGUGGGCACUGGCAGCUCCAUGCUCACUACUACCCACCGCUGCUGCGCUCCGCCACUGUUCGCAAGUUCAUGGUGGGUUACGAGAUGCUGGCGCAGGCGCAGCGGGACCUCACCCCAGAGCAGGCGGCUGAGCGCCUGAGGAGCCUUCCUGAGGUACACUACAAGCAGAAGGCCAAGGAGACGUCAUGAGGAGGAGCAGCAGAGCCUGCCCUUUGCUCUGCUGGGUGAGGCCAGGGAGAGGAGUCAGCUUGGGGUGGCAAAAGCUGAGGCCUGGCAACUCCUGUCACUUGUAAGCCCUCUGGUCUCCCAGCUUCUCCUGAGGCUCGUCGCAGUUGGGCCUGGCUUUGGGACUGGUUUUGCCUGUUCAGGUACCCCAGUCCUUAUCCUGCAGCAUCCUCAUGCAGUCAUUGUGGUUCCCCUGGUCUCCUUCCCCAUCCCAGGCUGUGUCUUCCUGCCUCUGCAGCAUGCUUGUACCAGCACUAAAGGGCUCACCCGCCUUCCAGUCCAGCCUUACUGGUGGGACUGGGAGUGUUGCCUUCCCUCUGUUGGGUCACAGCUCCACUGGCCAAUAAAACCUGGAAGCAAAGUG